AUUUAAUAUAUAGUUAAAGAACACAAACUUUAGAAUAGUCUCUCAAACAUUAAGCAACACACAAAGAUGUUAACAUGGGUAAUCUCACUUAUGUUCAUAUCAUUAAUAGUUUAUAAGUUGUUAUUAUCAAACACAAAUAAGAAAAGGUUACCCCCAAGUCCACCAUCACUACCCAUAAUCGGGCACCUUCACAUGCUAAAACAACCCCUUCACGAGUGUUUCCACAAUAUAGCCACCAAGUAUGGAGAAAUCAUACUCCUUAAAUUCGGUGUUCGUAAUGUCCUCCUCAUCUCCUCCCCUAACGCAGUUCAGGAAUGUCUUGUUAAAAACGACACCGUAUUUGCUGACAGACCCAACACACUUGUUGGAACACUGUUGCACUACAACAAUACCUCGAUUGCGUUUUCGCCUUACAAUGAUCACUUCCGUACACUUAAACGACUCUUGACUCAGGAGGUGUUUUCAUCAACUAAGGCUCCUCUUUUCUCUUCAAUUCGUGUUGAUGAAUGUCGUAUCCUUCUCCGCGAUUUGUGGUCGGAAACAGAAGCUAAUACUCAGAAGCCAAUGAAGAUCAGUAUCAAUAAAGGGGUUAUGGAAUGUGGGCUUAAUAUUAUGACCAGGAUUACUUCUGGGAAAAGGUACUACGGAAAGGAUGUGGAGAAUAUUGUUAUAGCGAAUGUGUUCAGAACCUUAAUGAAGGAGGGAUCAGUUCUAAGUGCAGCUGAUAAUCCAGGGGAUUUUCUACCAAUGUUGAAGUUUUUGUUUAGAGGUUUGAAGAAGAAGAUGUUAGCGUGGAUGGAGAAAACAGACAGCUUUUACCAACGGAUCCUUGAUGAGCGAAAGAAAAUGGAUGGUAGUAGUACUAGUACUAAGGCUGUAAUCGAUGUUCUAAUUUCAGCUCAAAAACAGGACCCUGUAUUCUUCACAAACGAAGUGAUUAAAGGUAUGCUUAUGGUACUAAUACUUGCUGGAUCAGACACAACAGCAUCCACCAUAGAAUGGGCAUUAUCACUUCUCCUAAACCAUCCUGAAGAAAUGAACAAGGCACAAUCAGAGAUUGAUGCAGUUAUAGGACAUGAUCGCUUAUUAAAUGAAGAAGAUAUUUCCAAACUACCUCAUCUUCAAAAUAUUGUAAACGAGACACUUCGUUUGUACCCACCAACACCACUUCUUCUCCCACACCAAUCGUCAGAUGAUUCUACAAUUUGUGGUUAUGAGGUACCACGAGGAACGAUGUUGAUGGUUAGUCUUUGGACCAUUCAUAGGGAUCCAAAGGUAUGGGAUGAACCAGAAAAGUUCAUUCCAGAGAGAUUUGAGGUCAAGGAUGCAGAACUUAUGUAUAAGCUUUUACCAUUUGGACUUGGUAGGAGGGCUUGUCCGGGGACUUCUAUGGGUAAAAAAGCUGUGUGUUUGGUGUUAGGUUCACUAAUUCAUUGUUUCGACUUUCAAAGGAUUGGUAAAGAGAUGGUGGAUAUGUCUCAAUGCAAUGGACUUACUAUGCCUAAAGCUAUACCAUUGGAAGCCCUUUGCAAAGUUCGUCCUUGUAUGGCUAAUUUACUUGCUAAAGAAUUCAAUCUAUAAAAGAGUAAUGUGUAUGUCUUAUUCCAUGUACCACAUUACUAGUUAGGACUUCAACUGUGAUAACCCUAGCUUGCAUACUUUCUUUUAUGGAAUAAUUAAUUAAUAAUUGCAAUGCUUGUACGUUUUAAUAGGAAUAAAAAAUAUCUUUUUUC